AUGGAGCUUUUUCCUUGCAAUUUGGUUCUACUACUACUUCCUCUUAUCUUCCUUCCUCUAUACUUCCUCGUCAAAUUCAGUCACCACAAACAUAACAUUCCCCCUGGUCCUCCGAAACUUCCCAUCACCGGUAACUUACAUCAACUAGGCAAACCUCCUCACCACAUUCUACAUAAACUCUCGCAAAAAUAUGGCCCCGUCAUGCUUCUACAACUUGGUAGUGUACCCACGGUCGUAAUCACAUCGGCAGAGGCUGCCGAACAAGUCUUGAAAACAUAUGAUCUUGAUUUUUGUACUAGACCUCCUUUUGCUGGUCCGAAACGCCUUACAUACAAUUACUUAGAUAUAUUGCUUUUGGCCCUUAUUUAUGAAAAGGGUGCAAUCAGAGACUUGCAUCUCAGCCCGGAGAGAAACAAAUCCGAACAUAAAGAUCUCAUAGACGUUUUGCUGAAAAUCAAGAAGGACGGAUCGAGCACUGUUCGUCUCACUAAUGACCAUAUUAAAGCAGUUCUUCUGGAUGUAUUUCUUGCUGGAGUAGACACAUCUGCUGUAACUAUGAAUUGGGCAAUGGUAGAACUGGCUAGAAAUCCAGACGCAAUGAAGAAAGUUCAAGGAGAGAUUAGGAACUAUGUCGGAACAGCAAAAGGGAAGGUAGAAGAAUCAGAGCUUGGUCAAUUCUUGUACCUAAAAAUGGUGGUUAAAGAGACUCUCCGACUACUCCCACCGGGACCAUUGUUGCUUCCAAGAGAAUGUACAAAGCAUCACGUUAUCAGCGGAUACGAUGUAUACCCAAACACAAGGAUCCUAAUAAAUGCAUGGGCUAUCGGGAGGAAUCCAGAGUAUUGGGACAAGCCAGACCAAUUUAUCUCAGAGAGGUUUAAAGAUUUCUCCAUUGAUUUUACAGGAGGACAAAAUUUUGAUUUAGCACCCAUAUCGAUGGAGCUAAUCCUGGCCAAUCUACCAUACUGCUUUAAUUGGGAAUUGCCGAAAGGCAUGAAAAUGGAAGACAAAGCAUUGAGGAACAUCGGGGAUAGGUACUCAUAA